GGCCAGAGAUUUUCUUCUGUCUUCUUAGAGAUAAAAAGAAAAUAGUAUAACUUCUAAAUGUGUACCUUUGGGGAAAACAAAUAAUUGCUGUUGCCUUACAGCAAUAAUUGGCCUAUUUCCAUAUCGCAGAGCUAUUCUGAACGAAGUGUAUGUCAUCGUUGGAGAAUUUGUUUCUGCAUUUAGAAGCUGUGUUUUAAAUAGAUUUGUAAGCGUAUGAGAUGUCAGCACUGCACAUUUGAGUUUGGAAACUUUUCCCUGGGCUGUACUGUAUCUUUCUUGGAUUUAUGUCCUUCCUUUGUUAAGUUUGUCAUCUUUCGCAGCGGAAUGAACAUUUAAUCAGUUUUAUAAAAUAUCCCGAUUUCGCUUCCUUUGUUCGCGCGGAUGACGUCGAUGUAACUGCACAACUUGUGCAUGCUGGUGUCGUUCAGAGGAUAGUGCCAAUGCUACUGAAAAAGUUUCAUCUUAAGGCCUCAAAGCAUUGCAAAGAAUGAGAAGAUUGUGGAAUCGCCUCAAACUGAGACAUAUGAUAUUUAUCGUUUUAAUGCUGGCACUUCUUAUAUGUUGUUUCAGAAUCACAAUUUCAAUAGUAAAUGAAGGAGAACAGGAAACAGGACAGUCUGAGAGGCCACGGCUGACAGUACGAUAUAACAUUAAUUGCACAGCAAUAUAUGAAAUGGAACCAGUGGAAUUGGGCAAAACUUUAGAAAUUCGCAAGCAAAAAAGUUACGUAGGGCCAACCGAUGAGGCUGUUGUGAAUGCCACCUCUGACUGUGAUCGGUUUGUUAUGUCACGGGGCUAUGAUAGGAUUCAAGGCUCUGACUUUGAGCUUGAAUUUCCCCUUGCUUUUUCUUUGGUUGUUCACCAGGAUGCGGCUCUUGUGGAGAGGUUGCUAAGGGCCAUUUAUAUGCCGCAUAAUAUAUACUGCAUACAUUAUGAUCUGAAGUCCUCAGAUGACUUUAUUUCAGCAAUGAAAGGUCUGGCCCGCUGCAUCCCCAACAUCUUCAUUGCCUCAAAAUUGGAGAGGGUGCAGUACGCAGGAAUCUCACGACUCAAAGCGGAUCUUAAUUGUUUGUCUGACCUCCUAUAUUCUGAGGUCAAAUGGAAGUAUGUCAUCAACCUCUGUGGUCAGGACUUUCCACUGCGGACAAAUGCUGAGCUGGUGACAGAUCUAAAAGAGCUGAAAGGCAGGAACAUGGUGGAGAGCAAGAGGCCUGGCGGAAAGACAGGUCGCUGGAGUGUUCAUUAUUUACUAAAAGAUAAUAACUCACAGUAUUAUGAGUCUCCUGUAAGCACCCCUGAGAUGAAAUCUCCACCUCCUCACAACAUAGAAAUGUUUGUGGGCAGCGCAUACUUCACACUUUCAAGAGAAUUUGUGGUUAUUGUUUACCAGAGUUUGCUAGCCAGGGAUUUCUUGACUUGGUGUGAGGAUACAUACUCACCUGAUGAACAUUUCUGGGCAACUCUGAUUCGUGUGCCUGGAGUACCAGGGGAAGUACCAAGAUCUGAUCCUGAGGUCUCAGAACUGAUCAGUAAAACCCGCCUGGUGAAGUGGUCAUAUCUAGAAAGGAUUCUUUAUCCACCAUGCACUGGAGUCAGUAUACGUUCUGUAUGUAUUUAUGGUGCAGCUGAGCUCAGAUGGCUGCUAAACUACGGCCACUGGUUUGCUAACAAAAUCGAUCCAAAAGUGGAUCCUGUUCUUACAGAAUGUUUAGAAGAGAUUCUUUCAGAAAAACAACUAAGGCCAAAAUUGCAGUGAGAAGGACAUAUUUUUCAGGAUUUUUAUAACUUACUUUGAAAAUUCACUUGUUUUGAAUGUAUGUAUAUUUGUGUGAUUCAGUCAGCACGAAGUGCAAUCCUUAGUUUUAGGGUUUGAAUGGCAUUUGAGCAAAAGUUAUGAAUUAAUAGUUCAAAAAAGAAAAUAACAAAUUAGAUUAAGAUGUAUUGAUCUUCAGGCUAUCCAAUAUGUAAAUGAGUUUGUUUCUUCAUCCAAACAAAUUUGGAGAAAUUUGGCAUAUACAUUACACCAAUGGAUCCACUUCAGUAAAUGGGGGCAGUCAGAAUGAGAGUUCAAAAAGCUGAUAAACAUAUCACAAUAUACAAAUAAUUCACAUAACUCCAGUCCAUCAGUUAACUUCUUUUGAAGUGAAAAGCUAUGUGCUUAUAAGACAUUAAAUCCAUCAUUAAGGCAUUUAAAUCUUGAAAAAUAAGAGUUUGUAAUUCAUAGAUGCGUCCUCUAGUGAAAAAAAUCCAUCCUUUGUUGUCUUUCCACAUCAGAUUCACUGUCAUAUUUGUUUAGAGCUGUUUUAAACUUGCAGGAGGGUGGCCUGAGAGUGAGUACAUUUUCAGCAAAUAUAUAUAUAAAUAUAUAAAUAUAUAUUCUAAUUUAUUUAGGCUCAGAGAAAUGGCUUAAAGAAACUCAAGCAACAAUUCACUGAGAAUAAAUUUGCA